AUGGGAGGCGAGAUGAUGGGCUCGCAGCGUGUGCGUGUGCGUUUGGCCGGCAAUUGCCUGGGGCUCGAAGACCAGAGAAGCCGGCGGGAGCAGAUCGUCCUUCUUACCGCUCAGCGCGCCGCCGCUUGCUCCUCAUCAACGUCCAAGUCCGACUAUUACAAUGGUCACGGACAUGGACAUGCUCCGGUGGAACACGGACAUCAUCAUCUCCCUCCUGGCCAGUUCCCGUACCCAAAACAUGUCUGGUCACCAGCCGGUGGCUGGUGGACACGCCCUAAGAACUGGGUUACCAACACCGCCGUCGUCAUCGGCGGGUGCGCCGUGAUCAGCUAUUUUGCUUUCAGGUAUAGCGCGGAACAUGAGCAUCGUCUUGCUGCCCCUCACAGGCCUGUGCCCUCACAAUUAUGGGCCAAAGAGUUCAAGGACGGAAAGGUGAAAGUAAUAGAGUAUUGA